AUGACCUCACAACAACCCCAGAAACGCCCCCGGGAAACCCUCUCAUUUUCCGCUUCAGAUGCAGCCCUCAUAACCCCCUAUCUCCCUCCGUCAACCCUUCCUUCACCAUUGCCCUCAACCUCUUCCCACAGUAAACCCAAUGUUCACGUCACGUUAACCUACGCCCACUCCCUCGAUGCCUGCAUCGCCGCUGCGCCUGGCGUUCGCACCAUACUCUCCGGUCCGCAAUCCAAGGCUAUGACACAUUUUCUGCGCGCUCACCACGACGCCAUUCUAGUCGGCGCAGGGACAGCUGUGGCGGAUGACCCGGGGUUGAAUUCUCGUCUCAGGAGAGACUGCUUAAAUGGUCUGAGUGAUGUGAGCGAUGGGAAUGAGGCCAAGGGAGAGGGCUGGCUGCCGCUGGAGAGACAGCCUCGGCCGAUCAUUCUUGAUCCACGUGCUCGCUGGGCGGUUCAUGAAGGGAGUAAGGCGAUUCGGGUCGCGCGAGAGGGCAAGGGUAAGGCACCGUGGGUGUUUGUUGACUCAGCUCAGGCGCAAAAUGGCGGGCGUCGGGUGGUUGAAGAACGGCGGAAGUUCCUGGAGCAGCUUGGCGGGCAAGUCAUUGAGCUUGAGACGAAGGGGAAAGAUGGGAGGUUUGCAUGGGAAGACGUGUUGGCUGUGUUGGAGAAAGAGGGCAUCCGAAGCGUUAUGAUCGAGGGCGGAGGGGAGGUUAUCAGGUCGUUACUCGUUCCGCCAGACAACCGCUUUGUUCACUCGGUAAUUGUGACGAUCGCGCCUACAUGGCUGGGCCAAGGGGGCAUAAUGGUGUCUCCGCCAAGGGCAGUCCACCCUGAUGGCAUGCUGGCAAUGCCGGGUUGUGUUUGCGUGCUGGCCGAGGGGUUCCUAGCCGGACAGGCAGAAGCUCGACGCCGCAGCAGCCAGGCAUUUUGCGAGCCGCCGCUUACGGGUUGGCGCUUGGUGGUCAUGGAUGCGCAACCCCACUUGCUACGACCCAUUCCCAGCAUGUGGCCCCGUCCCCACCAUCCGACUGCUGGGUCCAGCGCCGCCGCGUCACAGCAGAGCACCAGGGCGACCAGUCAUCGCGUGGACAAGAUCAAACGAGACGAUCGGGACGAGCAGCUUGGAGCCGGGCUUCAAGCCUGUCGUACCGCCAUUACCAUCAUCACCAUCACUAUCACCAUGGACGGUCUCUCGAUCAUCAGGGAGCAUGGCAAAGCCAUCGCCGAGGCCAUCCGGCAGGCCACCCAAAAUGACUGGAAACUCCUUAUUCUCGACGAGACUACGAGGAGGAUCCUCGACUGCUCCGUCAACGACGAUGAGCUGCUCAACCGCAACAUCGCCAACAUCGAGCGCAUAGAGGCUCGGAGAGAGCCCAACCCGGAGAUGGAUGCUAUUUACAUACUCUCUCCACAGCCUCAUAUCGUCGACUGUCUCUGCUCCGAUUUCCAGUUCCGCCGGUAUAGGCGUGCUUACAUCAUCUGGACCGGCCCCUUACCGGACCCUCUUCAGCGCCGUCUGGAUCCUUUCCGUGUUCAGAUGGCCGGCCCCCCUGACCUGCUGCUUGUCGACUUCUUCCCCCAUGAGUCGCACCUUGUGACCUUCCGGGACCCCCACAGUUUCCUCGUCUUGUACAAUCCGGCGUGUAACGACCUUGUGGCACGCCACCUUCGAACACUGGCCUCUAAGAUCGUCUCCGUCUGCGUGACCUUGCAAGAGAUGCCCAAGAUCCGUUACUACCGACCACCAGACCAUAUAAAGCACGAGGCCAGCGUGCUCUGCAUGCAUCUGGCACGCUUUGUCCAACAAGAACUUGAUGGCUACCAACAAUGGAAUCGCAACUUCCCUCCUCCAUCCUCCCGGCCCCCGUCCGUCUUGCUCAUUACCGACAGGUCGAUGGACCUUAUGGCCCCUUUCUUACACGAGUUUACGUACCAGGCCAUGGUUCACGACUUGCUACCAAUCAAAGAGCACCCUGAUGGGAAAGUGACCUUCCAUCUUACCGUUGGUGAGGGCACGCCUGAUGCUGAGGAAAAGGAUGCCGAACUGGCCGAAAAGGAUCCCGUCUGGGUCAGCAACCGGCAUCGCCACAUGAAAGAUACCAUUGACAAGUUGAUGAGUGACUUCCAAAACUUUCUCAAGGAGAACCCCAACUUUGCUGGCAAGGACCCCGACAGUGCCACCUUGAACGAUAUCAAAGGCAUGUUGGCCCGUUUACCACAGUUCCAGGAGAUGAAGCAAGCAUACUCGCUUCAUCUCACCAUGGCCCAAGAAGCCAUGAACAUCUUUCAAAAGUACAAGCUUGCCGACUUGGCAUCUGCAGAGCAAACCCUGGCCACCGGCCUCGAUGAAGAAUACAAGAAGCCGAAGAAUACCAACAUCUUGGACCAGGUCGUCCGCUUGCUGGACGACCCUGACGUUGCUCCGGCAGAUCGCUUGCGCUUGAUCGCCAUCUAUGUGCUCUUCCGCGACGGCAUCAUUCCACAGGAUCUAAGCCGUCUCCUCUGGCAUGCAGGCUUACAGCGAACCCCCGAGAGCCUGGAUCAAAAGACUAUCGAAAAUCUCGAGCUCCUCGGCGCUCGCCCACUUAAGCAGCUCAAGGAGUCCCGUACCCCUCCUCCUCCACUCUUCGACCGCAGCAAAGACAAAAAUGUCAACAUCGAAGAAGAAUACAUCCUCUCCCGCUACGAACCCGCCGUUAAGACCAUGUUGGAGCGUCUUGUGGCCGGCACCCUCGACCCCAACCUCUUCCCCUACACCAAACCGCCUCAGAAUCCCUCUGAAGAAUCCUUCCACACCCAUGGCUCCCUCCGCUCAGCUGCGCCACGCUGGGCAUCCGCCAACCGCCGCCAAGUUGAGAACCGCCAGCGCAUCGUCGUGUUUGUCGCGGGCGGCGCGACGUACUCCGAGGCCCGUGCAUGCUAUGAAGUUUCCGAAAAGCAUAACCGUGACGUCUUUCUCGUCACCUCCCACAUGGUUAGCCCGGCUAAGUUCCUGUCCGAUCUGCGCUUGCUGACCGCGGACCGGCCCCGGCUCGAUCUUCCGCUGGACCGCCCCCCGCCUAAAGCGCCCGCGUAUUUGUUUGAGCGGCCGGCGCCGCCUAAGCCUGUUGCUCCGCCUCCGGGACAAGCUGCUACCCCUGGAGGGGCGCGACAGAUGGGUAUGACGAGCCAGCAUCAGCCAGCUCCGCAGCAACAGCAUGUACAGCCGCCCACAAAGGCUAUGGGAAAUUUGUCUAUUAGCGGCGGUGGCGGAAAUGGUGGCAGUGGCAGCGAGUGGCCGUCGGUAGAACAGCGGCCGGGGACAAGUGGGUCGGAUAAGGCGAAGAAGGAGAAGAAGAAGAGGCAUUUGUUUGGGUUGAAGAAGUCAUGA